CCGUCCGCUCUGCCCUUCAGCCCGGAGCUCGAAGGAGGACGGUCCCGGUUGCGGCGGUGGGCGCCGUGGUUUCUCUCAGAGCCGGGAGUCUUUGAGGUUAGACCUCACGUGGAACCGGCAUCAAUAUGAUGAACAGCCGGCCGAGCCAAGAGCCCUUGACAUUCCUGCCGGAUGAGGCCCGGAUCCUGCCCCCGCCCAAGCUGAACGACCCGCGCCUCGUCUACACCGGCUUCCUGGGCUACUGCGCCGGCCUGCUGAGUAACGCGCUGCACAGGCGGCCUGUGCUUAAAGCAGGCUUGCAUCGCCAGCUUCUGUACGUCACUUCCUUUUACUUUGUCGGAUAUUAUUUUUUAAAACGACAUGAGUAUUUGUGUGCCCUGAAGGACCGUGACAUGUUUGGGUAUAUCAAACUGCACCCAGAAGAUUUUCCUGAGAAAGAGAGAAAGACGUACGCUGAGAUUCUGGAGGUGUUCCAUCCAGUGCGCUGAGGUCUGCAGAGGCUCCACUUCACCCCAGCCUGAGUGCUUUCCCAAUUUUAUGGAAUAUCAGUUGACGUUUAGGUUAAUCAGUGUAAUUAAAAUAGUUAUUAUAAGCA